AUGUCGAAAGAAAAGAAACGAGACAAGAGUACCCAGCGGCACAUCGACAAUAAAUCGAAACCAGAUACACGCCGGACGAAAAAACUUCCUCGAAAUUUAUCACGUCUAACGAGACCGUUUCGUAAAGCGCUACGUCCGCGUCUGGAUCAAUGCCAAGAUCGACAAAAAGCUUUGCAAAAACGUCGACAAGCUUUUCUCAACAAAGUACAAGCUCGAAGGCCCGGUAUAAGUGAGAUCGACGAUUUGAAACGACUCGCUUUAGACGACCGAUUCAGACAAGAUCACGAUGACGACAUGGAUAUGGAUCAGAUGGACUACGAAAAGAUUAAAAACCAGUUGGAAAUGAUGCAAAAAAAGAAUAAAAAGCUCGAAGAGGAGAAACAAUCGCUGAAACAGGAUAAAGACCAAACGAUUAAAACCAUCGAAAGUCUGCUAUCGCAAAAUCGCGACCUUACCUCGGAAAACGCGAAUUUACGCGAUCGUCAACGCAAAGAUUCCCGUACCAUCGAAAGUCUGCGUAAAUCGGUGCAUCUUUUAGAAUCGCGUAUGCAGAAAAUCAAAGACGAAAAUAAAAUUCUCAACGAAGCCAAUCUGAAAACGCUGAAAGAGCUGCAGAGCAUGAAUAUCGAGAAAAAAGAACUCAACAAGUCGUUCAAAGGCCAACACGAAGAAAUCAACAAGUUGAUGCAGGAUAAAGAAAAAGAUUCCAGUAAACUGCAAACGCUCGAGAAUCGUUAUACGAAAUUGAAAACCGCCUUCGUUGAUCAAAGUAAGACAAUCGAUAAUCUCAAGAUGGAGAUUAAUAAAUACAAACAGACCAUCAUCGAUUUAAAAGAUGAAAUCGAAGGUCUCAAAAGUGGUAGCGAAAGCGUUAAGAUCAGCAAAGCUGAUAGUUCGAAACUUAACAAAAGCAGCGUUUCAUCCGCUUCUGAGAAGUCAACGUCUCGUAAAAAGCGUUAA